ACCCUUUCAUCUUUGGGCUGAAAAGAAUCGUAAUCCGAAGCUCGAGGCAGCAAUCGGCAAUCGCUUUUAGACUGAAGUAGAAGAAAAUGUUCAAGAAGGCAGUGGAUGCCAAAUCGCAGCAGCGGCUGUCGGGGGCCGACCGCAAAAAACUCAAACGCACUGUGAGAGAGCGAUUUCCCGCUGUCUCCGAUGCGGAUAUCGAUCUUCUGCUUCCGCCCAAGGCAGAGAUUGUGGUAGCAAAGUAUCCCAACCGAAUUCUUGUAUAUGGCCUAGAAGGUGACUGUCCCUUGUUUUUUGAUGCCGAUGGACGUGGCUCAGAAAUAUUCCCUACGGUUUAUGCUUUGUGGAAGGUUCCAGAUCUUUUGCCUGCUUUCAUGCUCAAAGGGGGUGAGGUUUCUAGAUAUGUGCUUGGUGGGGCUGACUUGAUGUUUCCUGGCAUAUAUAUUCCCCCUGAAGGUCUUCCAUCAUUUUCUGCUGGUGAGCCAUGGGCUGUCAAAGUUCCUGGAAAUCCAGCUGCUAUAGCUGUAGGCAGUACUACCAUGAAUAGCACAGAGGCAUUGAAGGCUGGCUUGCGUGGGAAGGCAUUAAAAAUAUGUCAUUACUACCGUGAUACACUUUGGGAGUUGGCUGAAAAUUGUUGUAUUCCAAAUGCUGGAUUUUUGGAAGAUGUUGUGUUUGAAGACCCUGCUUUAUAUUCUGCUAGCCCGGCUUCUGAGUCAUUUGAAGAUAAUUCCUCAGCUGGCCAUAUGACUGCUAUGACCCAUGAGAGUACAGAAGACGCUAGUCGGGCUGAUGGAGCCGCUCCUAUUUCUGAUUCUGUUCCUGGUACUGAUCACAGUGUGGUCAAUGAAAUUGGUGAACAAGUAAACAGUGCAAUGGCAGAUUUACAGGUUGCAGAAAAUGCAUCAGGCAGUGAUUCUAAUGUGGAUGACCAGCAUCCAUUGUCUGUUGAGGAUGUAGACUCGCUAUUGGACAAGUGCCUCUUGCAAGCCUUACAUACAACCAUCAAAGAUAAAGAUCUUCCUAUGCUAGGAAGUAUAUUAUGGUCGAGUCAUGUGCUACCAUGUAGGCCUUCAGGUGUUACUUUGGACAUCAAGAAGUCUUCUUACAAGAAGUUGUCCAAGUGGCUACAGUCGAAAUCUACUGGUGGAUUGAUUUCUGUGAAAGAGGAUAAGCAUAAAAAAGAGGCAACUCUAGUCUCAGUUAACCGCAAGCACUUGGAAUACACAUCUUUCAAGCCAGAGAAAAAGAAAGUUGAUAACAACGAACAAUCUGCAAAAAACGUCAGUGGUGAAGGACAGUCAGAGAAAACUCUUGAUGUUGUCGAGCUUUAUAAGGCAAGCACACAUGUGAACCCUAUACUUGCUGCUGUUGGAGCAGAAACUGGGAAACUGUAUACUGCUUCAGAAGCUUCUCAAAUUGUCUUUGCUUACAUAGAGAAGGAAAAUCUCGUGAAACAAACAAACAAGGCCAUUGUAGUUUUAGAUGCAACUUUGUGUGAUGCUUUGUUUAAGGGUGCUAUCAAGAAGGGUACAACAUAUCCAACUGAAAUUCAUAAAAAAGAUGUGGGACAAACCUUUAUCAACCGAAUGCAAGCUCAUAUUGGAGUGACAAGGGGAAAUGAUACGGUUGUGAGGAAAGGUGCACUGAAACCUAUCCAGAUAAUUACAGAGCGAAGACAAGGGAACAAAAAGGUUACCAAACUGUCUGGUUUGGAGUCCUUUUUGAUAGAUGCGGAGGCAUUGGCUUCAGAGCUUCAGAAAAAGUUUGCUUGUAGUACAACAGUUUCAGAACUCCCCGGUAAAAAGGGGCUCGAGGUUUUGGUCCAAGGUGGUGUCAUUGAUGAUCUCGGAAGACUUCUUGUUGAACAAUAUGGCGUCCAAAAAAGAUACAUCGAGGUUCUUGACAAGACAAGAAGAUAAGUACUACGGUGUAGUGGCAUGUCCUUUAAGGCUCGAAGGAGCAGUGGUGAUGUGAUGGCACUUCUUGUAUCAGAUGACUUCUCUGCUUAUUUCAAUAAGCACUUGUAGUCAGGAUCUUAUGUCUUGAAUUUCAGAAUGCAAUAUAGUACAAAACAGUUUUGUGUACAGUCACUAGAAUUGUUGUUCUCAAGUCCAAUUUUAUUUGAUGGACAUCGUAAUGGUGUUGUAUCUUUGUUCUUCUUAUGAAUACAUUUAUCAGUCGUGACAAUAAAUCUGAAUCAGAAUUCAGAUGUUAA